AAUAGUGUUUUCUUUCCAAUUUGCACUCACCACACGUUAUGUCCACAAAAACUAGAGGGAAAUUACAACAAAAUUUAAGUUUGGGAAAAUUUUAAAAUUCCCUCCACACAAUUUCAUGUAGACCUCAAACUUCUUCAAUAAAUACACAAUGAAAGUCUAACAUUAAAUACACUUCAUCUACCCCAAAUUCUCCUGCACUUAAUGUAGUCAAUAAUCUUUAACUUUUUCUUCCUUUCCAUUAAUGGCAGCUGAGUUCUCCCCGACACAUGACGUUGAUUCCGCUUCCGAUCUCGAUUCCUCCGAUGUCCCCUUGCCGCCGGUUGUAGAUGUUUCUUUUUCUUUCAGCACCCCUGAAACAGUUCAUUCAAACCGUAUUACUGGUAUACAAACAAGAGAUGAAAGAAGGAAAAAGAUUGUUGAUGCAAUUCUACAAAAGUUCAACAACGGCAAACUUCAGAAAGGCUCUAUUAAGGCAGUGGCGGCUCAGUUUAACAUGUCACGGCGUUGGGUUGGAGAGCUAUGGAGAACUGCUAAAGGUCAAUUGGUGAGGGGCCAAGCUAUAAAUGUUCAAUGCAGGUGGCAGGGUAAUGCAGGAAAGAAGCCUAAGGUUGUGGACUUCUCAAAGUUGAGUGAGAUUCCAUUUCACCAACGAAAGACUUUACGUGCUAUAAGCCAUUACAUGAAUGUCUCGACGAGUACAGCACACAAUUGGCUCAAGGAAAUGAAAAUAAGAAGACAUUCAAAUGCCAUUAAACCCUUUCUGUGUGAAAAGGGUAGGCUAAAGCGACUCAGGUAUUGUUUGUCUCUUAUUUCUCCUACAUCACUGCCAAACAACCCCACAUUCCAUGACUGCUAUAACUACAUACAUAUAGAUGAAAAGUGGUUCUACUUUAGCAAGGAAACAACAACGUUUUACAAACUGCCUGAUGAGGAGUCCAAAACACACAUUCUCAAGAUAAUGUUUUUGGCAGCUGUAGGUCGUCCCAGAUUUGGGGAUGAUGGUGAAGCAUUAUGGGAUGGCAAAAUAGGCAUAUUUCCUUUCACAUGUGAGGAAGCAGCCCAAAGGAGUAGCAGAAAUAGGCCCGCUGGUACAAUGGAAACCAAGCCAGUACCAAAGAUAACAAGAGAUGUGAUGAGAAACAUGAUGGUACAGAAGCUACUACCAGCAAUAAGGGAAAAAUGGCCAGGCUUAACCAAACAUGUACUCAUACAAUAUGACAAUACAAAACUACAUGUUGAUAUCAAUGACCCAGAAUUUGUGAGUGCUGCCAAGGAAGGUGAUUGGGAUAUUCAAUUACAGUAUCAACCCCCAAACAGUCCAGAUUUGAAUGUGCUUGACCUGGGGUUCUUUAGGGCUAUUGAUGCAAUUCAGGAGAAAACUGCACCAAGGAAACUGGGUGAUUUGAUUGUUAAUGUUCAAACAGCUUUUGAGCAACUCACCCCACAAAACUAAAUCAUGUCUUCUUAACUUAUCAGCUGGUAAUGGGUGAGGUCUUGAAGCAUAAAGGGGGAAAUGACUUCAAAAUACCUCAUAUUGGGAAAGAAAGGUUAGCCAGACAAGGAUUGCUACCAAAGAAUAUAGGUGUGAGUAAUGCAGUGUAUGAAGCUGCUGUGGAACUCUCAGAAGUCAAUAACUAUGGGACAAAAUAGUCAUUAAGUUUAGGCAGUGUAUUUUGAAUGUACAUCUAGUGUACAAUUGCACACUUUUUUAUUUUUUGGUGCAAAUGUAAUCCAGAUGUUCAUUUCUGCCAAUGUUGUAAUGCAACUUUAGGAAUGAUGUAUUCCUUGUGUGUGUGUAUAUAUAUAUAUCCAGUAUAAAAUCUGGUUUUUUGGAAGUUCAAUGGCUCAUAACAUGCAUACACAUUAGGCAGUGAAGAAGUUUGUUCUUAAUGGCCUCAAAUAACAUAACAGAAUCAGACUUUGGUUCCAUCACAGGCACACAGAAGAAGGAGAGUCUAAGUGGCUCAGAAAACAUAGGAGCAUAAGAAUAAAUUUCCAUCACAGCCACAGACUUAGGGACUUGCCCAGAUCAGGGACUUGCCUCAGAGAACCUAGGAGAAUAAUCAUUUAGUUCCAUCACAGGCAUAUUUAUAGGGACUAACAGGAUCAGAACAUUUGUGUUCCAUCAUGCCUCAGAUAACCUAGGAGAAUAAACAUUUGGUUCCAUCACAAGCAUGUGUUUAGGGACUCACUGAAAUUAUACACUGAAGGAGAUUCUAAAUGGCUAAGAAAACAAGGACCAGAACAUUCAUGUUCCAUCAUGCCUCAGACAAACUAGGAUAAUCAUUAUUUGGUUCCAUCAUAGGUACAUACACUUAGGGACUUUCAUACAUUACACAAUGGAGUUCCAGCUUAAACUCCACAAGCCUGACCAAACACAUCACCUUAAUUGACCAUGUAAGUCUCCAAACCAAAUGGGGUGACAUUACAUUAUAGCAAUUCUCCUAUAUUUUGGAAAUUAAUAGGUUUUCAUCAUUAGUUUGCCAAUAAAAUCAAGAACAAAGACAACAUUCAAGGACAUUUACAGAAUAUAUUGAGGACUGAAGAUUAAAGGACAUUACUCUGGCGAAAUUGCUGGAUUUUGGAGGGACUAUCUAGCGGUUCAGCAAAGAAGAUCUCCUGAAUCAGAGGUCAUUAUAUUCCUCUAAUCUCUUCAGUGGUAACUGAUUCAUCAUCAGAUUCACCUUCUUCGCGUUCUAGAUCUGAGCUCCACUCAACUCCAUCCGGUAGAUGGUCACCUCCGAGGUACUUUUUCCGGUAGUUCCAAGAUGGAUCAGUGUCAGAUGAGUCCGAUGGCAGGACAUCUUCACCACCAUUAAACGGUGGAAGGACAUCCUUAUCAGGGAUGAAGGAAUCACCGGAAAACUUUCUCUUAGGGCGACAACCUUCCUCAUCGCUAUCAGUUAACAAGCAAAACGAGGGCAUGGAAGGAUCUGGAGAAGAUGGAACGCCGGCCAUGGAAGGAGAGAAUGGGUGGUGAUCUGAAUAGAUAGGGUAGCAUGGG